CUGUCUCUCCUCCAUAGUGGGGGUUUCCCCGCACUAAAUGACUGCGGAUUUUUAAUUUAUUUUUAUUUUUUUUUAUAUCCGCAGCACUUCUCCGAGCUCCUCGACGACCUCUCCCAGGAUGCCCUGCUGGGCCAGCUGCUCAGCGACCCCUUCCUGUCGGGGGGGCGAGGCGAAUCGGAAGCCAUGGAGGGCGAGGACGGCGGCGAGCUGUCCCCGUCGUCCCCUCUCCCGCCGCACAUCACCGCCGAGCACAGCUACUCGCUGUGCGGCGACAGCCGGCCUCAGUCGCCCCUCUCACACCUGACCGGGGAGCACGGCAGCGAGGCCGCAGAGUCGGACGGGGAUUCGGCCGACUGGGUCAUGGAGCAGGAGGAGGCCAUUGAGGGCCUUCUGUGUGACACCCCCUCUCUCCUCCCCACCCUGUCCCUUUCUCUGGGGGCCACCGAGGGGCCCCGAGCACCCGAGGCCCCGGGUGUGGCCCCCGCCACACCCGCCGUGGCUGCAGCCCCGACGGCAGCCGGCACCAGCCACCAAGGCAAAGCCGUGAAGGUAAAGGAGGAGAACAUCAUCCCGCAGAUUAAACUUGAGCCUCACGAAGUGGAUCAGUUCCUGAACCUGUCAACCAAAGGUCGGGAGUCCCUGCAGAUGCCCCCCACGCCCCCCAGCUCCCACGGCAGCGACUCUGAGGGCAGCCAGAGCCCCGUCCACGCCUCUUGCCCCAACUCCCCCACCAGCCCCUCUCCACUUCAGACCAGCCUGAAGGUGUCACCCCGCGCCGCCUCCUCCCUGUCCAACUCCCCGCUGCUCACAGCUCCUCACAAACUGCAGGGCUCAGGGCCGCUUAUGCUGACCGAGGAGGAGCGCCGCACGCUGGUGGCCGAAGGCUACCCAGUUCCCACCAAACUGCCGCUCACCAAAGCAGAGGAGAAGGCGCUGAAGAAGAUCCGCAGGAAGAUCAAAAACAAGAUAUCAGCUCAGGAGAGUCGUAGGAAGAAGAAAGAGUACAUGGAUGCCUUGGAGAAGAAGCCGCUGACACUGCUGCUGUUUUGUGACCACAGGGUGGAGACAUGUUCCAAUGAAAACAACGAGCUGCGAAGGAAAGUGGAAACUCUGGAAUGCACAAACAAGUCUCUGCUGCAGCAGCUGCAGUCUCUGCAGGCGGUGGUGGCAGGAAAAGUCCACAGGUCCUGCAGGGUGGCUGGCACCCAGACAUCAUCGUGCUUAAUGGUGGUCGUGCUGUGCUUUGCUCUGUUUUUGGGGAGCUUUUACCCGAGCAGCUCGACGCCCUUCUCCAGCCUCACCGAAACAGGCGUGGCCUCCAAACAGAUGGCGGUCAGGGAGUCUUACACAGCCACAGUGAAGUCCAGAAAUCUGCUGUCCACCUUCGAGGACGAGCAGCCGCACCUGCUGGGCCUGGGCGGCGAAUACCCCGAGCAGUGGGAGGACGCUCCGGCCGUGGUGAUGGCGGCGUGGCGGCGCUCGGAGCAGCAGAAGCUGGCGGUGGAGCCCGGCGGGGGCGAGACACGCCCGCCGCCGUUCAGGAGCAAAAGCAACGAAACGCAGGCGCACAGCGAGCUGCUGCUGGACCUGCAGAGGUCUCUGGAGCAGAGAGCGAGUGAGAGCAGCAGGAAAGUGAUAGAGCUGGAGCGAUCGGUCAACGAGACCUCCUGAAGUGGGAAAGUCAACACCGCCCGAUGAGUUUCCCCCUCUAGAGCAUGUUCAGUGUCCCGGGAGCAAACCCCCAAGCGGCAGUCCCCGCUGCCGAUUGGUUAAGGUCAAACGUUUCGACGCCAUCUCUGCUCAAUCAGAUACACUGUAACGGUAGAAAUAAUAACCGAGAGGCACAGGUUGCCUUUUUAUUUCUGAAUUAAAGUUGCACUGAUAAGUUUAAUAAUGAGCUGGCUUGCGGUUUGCUUUACUUGACCCAGCUUUUGUUUAAGAGAGAAAAAAGAAAAUCGCAUAAAAAAUUGUGUGGCGUUUAUUCCAGAGGAAAUAUAAUAAUUAAAUAAAUAAAAUAUGACAUGUGAGGCUUUGUACAGGACACGGAUGAUGUACUUCUGUAUUUAUAGACUUUUUUUUCCUUUUUUUUUUUGUGGUUUCUUUUCAAUAUUUUUAUUUCAUUCCAGUAAUGCAUUCAUCCCAUUUUGAUACCAUAUUUUGUGUUUUUACUAUUUUAUUGUACUAUUUUAUAUAUAUGUAUUGUUCAUAUUUACUUUAUUAGCGUCAGAGUUUCAUGCAUUGAGGCAUUGUUUCUGCCUCUUUUGGAGAAUCUGAGAAGUCUCUUAAAAGGUCCUUUUAGAUGUUAACAAGUAUAUUGAUUGAUAAAUGGUCAUUUCCCUUCCAUUUUUCGGAUACUUAAAGGUUGACCUAUCGAUCCGUGGCCGCGUUGAUCCUGAAAAUACAAAGAAAUUUGUCGUAUUAUACAUUUGUCGACCUUUUUAGCUUCUCUUUGAGUAAUCUGUGGGCAAUGUAUUACCCUUAGUGCUCUGCUAAAGUAUUUAAUUUGUUCUUGGGUUAUAUUUGUGUACUAGACCACAAAAAAAAUGAGUGUGAGAUAAGAAGAUUACCACUGAGUGGGGCUGGCUGGUUCCCUCUGUUUCAAGUAUAUCAUGCCAAGCUAAGCAACGGAUUUGAUGCACAGACAUGGAGUUAAACAAGGACAACAGAGUCUUUCCCAAAUUUUUUGGGGAAAAAAGUGCAUCUUGAGUGGAAAUUUUAUCUUAAAUUCUCCAAUCAUUUUGCUUUUCUACCUUCCAAGAGUCUUCAUCGGCUGUUUGCCAUCUAUUGCCUGAAAUAUUUCUUCUCAUAAACGGUGAAAAUAGCCUCUUCUUUUUUUUUUUUCCAAUGAGAAGGCCUAAAUGUUUAUGGGACGUGUAGAUUUAGAACCAUUCCACAAUUUGUCUUCUCACUUUUUUUGGGUUCUGUGCUGUCGAUGAGUUAUGAACGCAUGAUGCCAGAGCUGCAGGAUGCGUUUAGUGUAACUGGAGAUCGCGAUGUCAAAGUCUUAACUUUGCUCUUUAAAGUGUGGCACAGAGGGUUGUUGUUUUUUUUUUUUGUUUUAAGUUCUGCCCUGUAAAUACAAGUUCAAACUGUCUCAGAAUAAAGCCACAGAACCGUUCCUGGUCAAAUGUGUGUCUGCAUGUGGCCUUAAAACCUUGGAGAUCAGCGGGUAUAUCGUAAUGUGGUGUAGCCUGGUCUUUGAACGUUGCAUUCAUCAGCACCGGGCCUGGAAAUGCUCUGCAGGAAGGACUGUUUGAAACACGGGAUCAUGUUGUGGUUCUUAUUUUUAUGUACAAGUAUCCUCCACUUUGCAACGCAAAUCUUGAAGCCAGUCAAAUAGAAUGUCUUUUUUAUUUGUUUUUUUUAAAUCAAAUUUGGAUUUCCUUACUUUGUGUACCUGUGUAAAAGCAGUCUGAGUUGGCUUCUUUCUUCUUGCCUUUGAAAUAAAUAAAGUAUUUUACUUAGUAAAAGCAUCAAUAUUGUGUGUCUGUGUGCUU